GGCUCGUCACACAGGUCGACUGUGACGCUUUCCAGGGCACGAGGUCAGAGGUCGACUGUUGUAAGAAGAGGAUAGACCUCAACCAGACCCUGGACUGCUCCGGCGUCAGCAGCUGUUUCAGCUCCAGCUCCCACAACUUCUCCCUCUCCAGCUGCGCCGUGAGCAACGUCAGCGUCAUGGACGAGCUUGUGGGUGAGGACUUCUCGUGCACGCUGUACACGAGGGACGUGGAGAAGAUGACGUGCUUCAAGGAAUGUGAGUUUUUAUUCAAGGGAAUGUACUCUACAUUAAACGACAAAGCUAUCGGAGCAAUCAUGCUGGUUAUCUCCCUUACAAUUCUCUGCCUGUGUCUUGUCGCCAUUGUCAAACUGCUGCUCUCCCUUCUCCAAGGCCCCAUCGCUCUCAUCAUCAAAAAAUUCAUCAACGCGGACUUUCCCGGACCGCUGGGCUACCUCACCGGAUACCUCACCAUCAUCAUCGGCGCCGGGUUGACCAUCAUCGUCCAGAGCUCCUCCAUCUUCACCUCCACCCUCACCCCGCUCGUCGGCAUCGGGGUCAUCGAACUCGACCGGAUGUACCCUUUGACCUUGGGGUCAAACAUCGGCACCACGACCACGGCGAUUCUCUCAGCCUUAGCCAACACGGACGGCCUCAGAAACGCGUUACAAGCAGCCUUCUGCCACCUCUUCUUCAACAUCACCGGCAUCCUCCUGUUCUACCUUAUUCCCUACCUCCGCUUCCCCAUCCCGCUUGCCAAAUUUCUAGGCAACUGCACGGCCGAGUACCGCUGGUUCGCCAUCGUCUACAUCCUCCUCAUGUUCUUCCUCUUCCCCGCCCUAGUCUUCGCUCUCUCCAUCCCGGGCUGGUACGUCCUCCUCGGCUUCCUCGGGCCCGUCUGCCUUCUCUUCAUCAUCAUCGGCGUCAUCAAAUGCCUGCAGGCUAAACGACCCCAGAGCCUGCCCAGAAAGCUCCUAGACUGGAUGUUCCUACCCCAGCCGCUACUGUCUUUAGAACCCUAUGAUCGCGCCAUGCAGAAAGUCUUCUUCUGCAAGCGGUUCCAGACAGACUCUACCGAGAAGACAGACACUGGGGCCACGUCAGACAGACAAGCUAACGGAGAGUCCAGCACGCGACUUUAG